AUCUCUCUCUGGGUUUCUCCUGAGAAAAUCGUUGGAGUUAGAAACCAUGGAUGAUAGUUGCGCCGUUUGCGCGGAGAAUCUCGAAUGGGUUGGUUACGGAUCUUGUGGUCACAGAGAGGUUUGCUCUACUUGCGUUGUUCGUCUUCGUUUCAUACUCAAUGAUCGUCGAUGCUGUAUCUGCAAAACCGAAUGCCCCGUCGUCUUUGUCACAAAGGCUUUGGGUGAUUAUACAAAGACGAUUAGUGAUUUCUCGACUACUUUCCCAUCAGUACCAAAGGAAGGUCGAGUAGGAUCCUUCUGGUAUCAUGAAGAAACCAAUGUUUACUUUGAUGACUUGAACCAUUACACAAGGAUUAAAGCAAUGUGCAGGCUCUCUUGCAAUUUGUGUAACGAUACAAACAAGACUCGACCAAAGAAAGAGCCUAACCAUUGUGUUCGGUUUAAGAGCGUUGAACACUUGAAAGAUCAUUUAAAUCAUCAGCACAAAUUGCAUAUGUGCAGUUUAUGUCUUGUAGGUCGUAAGGUUUUCAUUUGUGAACAAAAGUUGUUUACUAAGGGACAGCUGAACCAACAUAUAAGUAGUGGUGACUCGGAAGUUGAUGGAAGUGAGAGUGAAAGAGGAGGUUUCACUGGUCAUCCUAUGUGUGAGUUCUGUAAAAGACCAUUCUAUGGUGAUAAUGAGCUAUACACUCAUAUGUCUAGAGAGCACUACACUUGUCAUAUAUGCCAAAGGCUGAAGCCUGGACAAUAUGAAUAUUAUGGAAACUAUGAUGAUCUUGAGGUUCAUUUCCGAAGUGACCAUUUCCUAUGUGAAGACGAAACCUGCCUUGCUAAGAAGUUCAUAGUUUUCCAAAUCGAAGCUGAGCUAAAAAGGCAUAAUGCUAUUGACCAUGGAGGUAGAAUGUCUCGGUCUCAACAAAAUGCAUCACUACAGAUACAAGCCAGUUUCCAAUACCCGAACAGUCGCCGUGGAAGACGCCGAUCUUCUCUUCGUGAGCCUAAUCUUGUGCUUCUGGAAUCUCAAGCAUCUUAUGCCUUUAACGACGAUAAUAAUCUUCCUCAACAUGUGGGACGCUCUGGAAAUUCACGUCUUGGAGAAUCUUCUUUUCCUCCACUCUCUGUGCAAGCAAACCAAGGCCAAUCAAGAUUUGGACAGAACUCAGAGAGUUUAGUUAGUAACACCACGACUACUCGUCAAAGACAUCGUGCAAACCAAGGCCAAUCAAGAUUUGGACAGAAUUCAGAGAGUUUAGUUAGUAACACCACGACUACUCGUCAAAGACAUCAAACAAAUAGAAGUGCAACUUCUGGUUCUUCUCAAGCUUGGCCAGCACUAAACCGAGGCCCGGCAGAAAUAUCAAUUACAAGCAGGGUACAAUCUUCUGGUGCUUCUGCUCAAUCUCAAUCUAGGCACCAUGACAGAGUUGAAAGUACUAGAACUCUUGCUUCUGCAGUUCCACAAGAUGCUCGUACCACAGUUGGUGGAUGCUCAUCUGGUUCUUCUCUGAGUUCCGCCAAUGCAACAAAGAGGAAUAAUCAUCACUCGUCUUCAACCCCUAAAAUGUCUGAAACAAGAUCACUGGCGCAGCCUUCUCAUUCUGAUUCUCCUCAAAUUUCCGCUGUGAAAAAUCGCAGGUCAUCAUCCACCAGUGCAAAUGCAGGGAACAUUCAAGUAGCGCAAGGUGUUUCUGAUGUACAGUCUGACAAUAAAAGUUUGGUUGAAAAAAUACAUGCCAGCCUUGGACACGAUGAAGAGUUAUUCAUGGCCUUCAAGAAUACAUCAGGAAAGUAUCGUCAUGGUUCCAUCGAUGCCAGAACUUACUUGGAAUAUGUGAAAGGUUAUGGUUUGUCUCACUUAGUUCUGGAUAUGGCUAGACUCUGCCCGGACCCUCAGAGGCAGAAGGAACUCAUUGAUACCCACAACGCCUGCUUGAAAGGAGGAAAUAAAGGGAAAGCUGUGAAGGUUGAAAGUAGCAGUGACUCCAAGGGGGAUAGAUUUGUUGAUACAGUGAGGAAGUUACAAUUCUCUGACAAAUCUCAGGACAAAGACAAAGAUAAGGAUGCAUACCGUUCAGAUAAAGGCAAAACAAAAGUGACGACGUUGGUGAAUUCUUCAUCGGCUGGAGUGGGAUUAGGUGACACAGGCAAGCAACCUAAGAAAACUUCAAAGUUUCUCAGAACACGUCUAGGAGAGAAAUCAAUGGCUGCAGUACUAGAUCUUAGGAAUUCUAACCCAGAGCCUGAACCAGAACCUAAGAACGAUAACUCCAAAAGGAGCCAGAACUCUCCCGGUGGAUUGCCACUUCGUGGUGCUUGGAAGAGAGGAAGUGCAAAACUCUUCGUCUAGUAAAAAGAUUUUUUUGCACAGAUGAACCAAGUCUAAGGAUCAAAUAGUCAUAUAGUGUUCGUGUCUUUUGAUGUAAUGACUAGCUUAAGUUAUCAGAUAUUUUUUUAUGAGCAUUUAUGUUCGAUCCUUGUUGAUAUUAAAAUAAAAGGCCUCUCAUUAAGCUUUUGAAAAGCAAUAAACACAACAACUAGAGAGGAGAUGGAGGAUUCCAGUGAGGAA